AGAAAAGUAAAGGAAAUAUUCUCAUUUGAUGGGAUGAUAAGAGACUUAAGCCUGUUUUUUUUUUUAAGUCAUUGUUUUUUAUUUGUAGUAUUAUGAGUCCAUUCAAUGUCAGUUUUUAUUGAAAUAUUUCAUAAACCAUCUAAAAUCCACCAAAUCUCUUAAAAUUGUCACAUUUCAUCUGUUUCUUUUAUUUACGACGAUUUGUACCAUUUUCUACUCCGUUUUUUAAAUUUAUGAUUCAAAAUUAUUACCUGUUAAAAAAACUUUAUUUAGAAAAGUACUAAAAAAUUUUUAAUCCAAAAUGCGAGAAAUGAUCAAGACCUUGAUUCAACAGUAUGAGCAACAAUUUGUUUUUGAUUAUUUUAGUACUUCAACAAUUGCUUUAAAAAUUCACUGUUAGAAAAAAAUACUGAAACCAAAAUUUUUUAACUGCUUCUGUUUGAAUCUCCACAAAGAAUCUUUUGAGAGAAUCUUUGGAUAAACACUUCUCACCAUGAAGUUGGUCUGGUUGAUGCUGCUGACCCUACUGGUCGCAGAAGUAGUUCUGGGCUUUCCAGCAAAUAAUCAGGACGCAUCAUCUCACCCUUCAGAAGGUCACGAGACUCACGAGGAAGAUCAUAACCAUGUGGACCAAUACGAGGCACAUGAAGGUGACGAUGAACUGCACGACCGUCACGACCACCACUUUGACACUGACGAGGGCGUUGGUGAAGAUGAGGUGCCCAGUCCAUACAACGUGACCGAGGGUCAGAGUUGGGUGCGCAAUGUUUGGCAGUGGCUCCAGGUCACUCCACAGCAUGUGAUUUAUGUCCGAGAGCCUCAGCUGCCUUGGUACGGCAACCUCAUCAAGUGGCUCAGAAUCAACGUUCUCUUCGAACCAGUUUAUUAG